AUGAGCCGCCAUCAUCCCUACGGUGGCUACGAUGAGAGGCCAGGCCGCGGUGGUCGCGGCGGAGGCAACCCUCCCAUGCGCGGCCGCCCUCCUCACUCCGGCGGCAUGAGUCCUCCUCCCUCUUCCGGCUAUCCAUCCGCUCAAUCCGCCUACAAUCCUGGCGGACCCGGCAUGAACGACCCUUCCGCUCCUUAUCCAUCUCAAAAUGCCUACAGCGGAACCAAUGAAUUCUCUGGUGGGCCAGAUCGCCACUACCCGAUGCCGAUGGGUGGCGGUGGUCCUCCUAGAGGGGGCAUGAGCGCCCGAGGCGGUCCUCCAGGCUCUCGUCCGCCUCCUCCUCCUCCAGGUCAAAACAUGAGUGGCGCUCCAGCCUACGGAUACACUCCUGGCUCGUUUGAGAACGCACCUUACAACGCACCACCACCCAAGUCCUACGACCAGUCCUCGGCACCUCCUGCUCCAUACGGACAACCACCUCACCAAGCUCCUGGAUACUCGCAAGACUACAACGCUGGUGGUCCUCCUUCCGGUCCACCAUCAGGCGGCUUCGGGGAUCAAGGCUACGGUGGGAGGGGUUUCGGUGCGGGCGGCCCACCACAAGGGUCUUUCGGCCGACCGCGUCCUCCCUUUGACGAUGGCUUCAGAGGCGGUCGCGGUGGCCGAGGAGGACGUGGCGGUGGACGCGGUGGAAGAGGAGGCUUCGGCGGUGGCGGAAGAGGCUUCGAUGACGACGAAAAGCCCUGCCGUACCCUCUUCGUCCGAAGCAUCCAGUUCGAGACCGACGCUAAGUUCGUCAAGCAGCAGUUCGAACAGUUUGGUCAGAUCAAGACCUUCUUCGAUAUGGUCAACAAGCGUGGUAUCGCUUUCAUCACUUACUACGAUCUCCGAUCCGCGCGGGACGCCAUGCUGGCUAUGAAGGGUGCUCUCUUUGGUGGCCGUCCCGUCAACAUUCACUACUCUCUUCCCCGCGAGGAGGACAAAGCUCAACGUUGCGAUCGUGACAAGAACCAGGGCACCUUGUUCAGUGUGCUUAAGGGUGCUCAGCAAGACAUCGACGACGAAGGCGUCCGCAAAGUGUUCUCCGAGUUUGGCGACGUCAAGAAGAUCCGCGACUACCCCGGACAGAAGAACAGCCGCUUUGUCGAGUACUUUGACAGCCGUGCUUGCCAGCUUGCGCACGACCGACUCAAUGGCCAGUCGUACCUCGAUGGCCAGUGGGAUCUCAAGUUCGCUUGGGACGUUGUCACGGACGAGGACAUGGAGUGGGCCAAGAUUCCAGCGCAAGGCGCUGGUGGUCCUGGUUUCCAAGCUGGUCCGCCUGGCGGUCAAGAUGGUGGUUGGGGCCGACCUCGCCCUCCUCCUGGUGCUUCCGACCGCGCGCCGUUGCCCGCCGACUAUCCCGGCUUCGACAACUCGGGUCCUCCUGGUGGCCCCCCUCCCAGCCUCGGAUACGGUCGUGCACCCAUUCCCUCGACUGGUCCUCCCGUUGACAAUGGAUGGGGCAGGCGUGCAGGCUCCGGCUCUGCUGCAGCCUCAAACGCAGCCUCCGCCCUUGCUCCCGGCGGCGACGCGGGCGAUGCAAACCGUCUUGAACAAGCUCAGAAGGUUCAGCAGCUGCUCGCCUCUCUCGGCGCCGCUUCCAAGCCACCUCCCGCCGCAGCCGCAGCUUCGACUCCUCCCGCUCCCUCCGUCGCCAGCCCUCCGGCACGUUCCCCGCCUGCGGCCAACGCUAGCGCAGCAGCACUCCCUCCCAACAUCGCAGCCCUGCUCCAGUCGGCCGCUGGUGCGCCCAAACCCAUGCAGCCUCCCAAGCCCCAGUCGCCCCCAGGCGCCGGCUCGGGCCAGGGCGAGGGUCAACAGUCCGUCCACCAGCUCUUGAACAUGCUCCAGAAUCGACCCCCUCCCCGUCCUUGA